AUGACGUAUUGGAUACGCUACGCGAUAUCGAUACAGCAACUGCGGGCACUAAUGGGGAAGCUACGAUACUCCAAUGUGUGGGCCUUGCCGCACCCAAUUGGCCAAACAGGUACAGCGGCUGCAAAGGAAAGUGCAACCGCCAGAAGAGAUGAGACGGAAAGAGCAAUAGACACAGCACGUUUUACAAAUGUUGGAACGCUUGGAGCCUCGCCCGCGAAGAAAGAGAAGCAAACCAACAUCGCUGUCGAGUUUGCCCUCUCCAAGACCGUUUCGGCGGUGCGGGCGCGGACUAUGAUGGUCCUUGAUGCGUUUGAUCUGGCAGCGAAAACACGCUCUGCUCUCUGA